AUGUCGGUCUCCCUUCAAGAGUCCUUUUUUAACGUGCUGGGAAUACCAGAGGGAUCUAAGAUCCGGCAUGAUAUUAUGAACUCCGCCAGUGCCCUCAUUCGUGGUGAAAGCACCGUGUGUUCUUUAGAUCCCACUAGUGAUAUCGCUGUGGUUGGUCUAAUUGAUCUCUUCUCUCCUCUUUCUGACCGAUAUGAUGUUGCAAUACGGCACCUGGCGGCUAUGUGGACAGCAACAAAGUUUUGGGGAGCGUCCAUGCAUCACAUUUCUCUCACAUCCUUAGUUGCCGAUCUGAUUCUCCAGAUGGAAACUUCACCUAACGUAGAUGAAGGUGAAUCGAUAUCUCAAGACUCGAUGGAGCUUGUGAAUCGACUGUACAAGACAGAAAUGAUUCUCUUGCGGCAUUGUGGAUUCAUUGUUCCUGGUGUUUCCCUCUAA